AUGGCAUCCCUACCUCCCCGCCAGGCGUCGCAGCGACGCACCUCGCCCCGCGAACAGGGCAACUCCGCCGAGCGAUCCAACCUGACCCGCGCCGACAGCGAGACCCUCUCCACCGCCUCCGCCGAUUCCGAUACCGUUCUGUUCGAUAGUGCACACAUCUUGUCCGGCAGCUCCUUUUCCCAGAAGACCGAGGCAAAGCAGGCUCCCCCGCAGCCACAGUACGCCGAGGAGGAUGAGCCGCGCAAAUGCUGGAUCUGCUUCAACGAUGAGACCGAGGACGCGCCCGACUCGUCCGCCUGGCGCAGCCCAUGUCCCUGUGCCUUGGUGGCCCAUGAGGAUUGUCUACUCGACUGGGUCGCCAGCCAGGAAGCACCCAAUCCCCGCCGCCAGGCUGGUACCGGCUCCAAGUUCAAGUGCCCCCAGUGCAAGAACGAGAUCCACUUGAAGCGCCCAACCAGCAAAGUCGUCGACGGAGUACGUGCCAUCGAGCGGAUAACGAACCUGCUCAUAUUGCCAGGCACCAUGGGCGUGCUGGGAUAUACCGUCUACCAGGCGUGCUUCAUGCACGGCGUGAGCACCGUGUACGCGCUGUUCGGCCUCGAAGACGGCUAUCGCAUCCUCCAACCCCUACAUCAAGCGCCGACCGUGCUGCGCACCGGCGCGCAUAGCUCCGUGGCGCUGGCAGCCGUGACGCGCUUCUUCCAGCACGCCCGCCUGCACUUCGGCCUCUCCGCCAUCCCGCCGAUUCUGGUCGCCUCCCGCGUCUCCAUCGCCGACAGCAUCCUGCCCAUUCUCCCCGUCGUCUUCCUCGCCUCGUCGAAUGCCGGCGACGACAUGCUCAACUUCGGCCACUGGCCGCCCAGCGCCGCGCUCUCCUUUUCGCUCCUUCCCUACAUCCGCGGCGCAUACAACACGUACAUGGAAAGGGCCUGGGCGGAAAAGCAGCGCCAGUGGCUCAAAGACAUCCAGCCCCGCGCCGGCGAGACCGACGGCGGCGAGCACGAGGACGAAGACGCCGACGUCGACCGCAUCCACGACGACGACGACGGCCCCAUCUUCGAGCUGAACCUCGACCUCGUCGACGAGGAAGACGACGAGCACUUCCACGACGACUUCCACGCCCUCCCCGGCGCCGGCCAAUGGCCAGCCAACAGACCAGACGACGACGACGACCAGCAGCGCGCGCCGCCGCUCGACGCCAACGGCAUGCCGCAGGCGCGGCCGCAGCAGCAGCAACAAGGCGGCGCGGCCCCGCCACAGCAGCAGCCGCGCCCUCGCCAAAACAACCGCCGCGAGCGCAACCUCAUCUUCCAGACCUCCAACAUCGCCGACACGGUCCUCGGCGCGCUGGUCUUCCCGUCCAUCGCCGCCGCCAUGGGCGAGCUGAUCCGGCUCGGUCUGCCCAAGGCCUGGGUCACGCCGCCCGCGUCGGGCCGGUCGCCGACGGCCUUUUUGCAGCAGCGGUGGGCGAGGAGCUUGGUCGGCGGCUGCCUGUUCGUGGCCGUCAAGGACGCCGUCAUGUUGUACGUGCGGUGGAAGAUGGCGCAGAAUCAUCGCAAGAGGAAGGUCCUCGAUUACGAUAAGAAGAAGGGGAAGGUUGUCGAGAGGUGA